CUGACUGUCUGCUAAUCACGAGACAGUACAGUAAAGGAACAAUCCCUCAAUAUUUGUCAGGACAUUGGAUCAGUCACUAUGGCAAACAAAGAAGAAAACAUCCCUACACCCAAACAAGAUAUGGACACAGGGACAACAACAGAAACAGACCACAAAUCUGAAAAAAGACAAUGGAAGCCCUCAGAAAAGGGAUUGGAAUAUUUUAAGGAGAAAAAAAAUGUGAAAAUAACAAAGAUACACAGACUUUGGACGGAAGUUGAAAUACUUCAAACAACAGAUUGGAAAGACUUCAAAAGUAUUAGUCUUCUAGAAUCAUUUGAAUUUGACUUAAGUGAAAAAUACAGAGUGUACAGCAAACUUGUAUCAGAAUAUGAUGAGUUUGUUUUCAGAAGUGAGGAAGAUGAAGCUAUGCAAGAGUAUGAGGAAUUCACUCGAGACAAUCAGGAGAGAAAAAGACGGGUGGAAAAGGCUUUCAAAGAAAUACAGGAAAGGAAACAGUAUCUAAUGGAAACGUCUUCAUCACAUGGAUCCAGACUUUCUGCAAGAUCGGGAAUUUCAGUGAUUGCCAAAAAACAAGCAAAAGUAGAGGCCGCCAAGGCAAAGAUAAAAUUCUCAGAACAAGAGAGAGAUCUUCUGGAGGAGAAGUUUAAAGUGGAAGAAGAAGAGGCGCUGACAAAAAUAAAGACAGAAAGAAGGAAAGCGGAACUCACUUCAAGCCUAUCUCGUCUAGAACAUGAGAAGGAAUUAGCCGCAGCAGAGGCAGAGGUUGAAGCACUGAAGACAGCUGGGAGCGAACUUGAUAGGAAUGAAGUGUCCGAUAUUUUGCUACCAAAACAGCAAGAAAACUCAGAGAUAAGGACAAAUCGUUAUGUAAACGAGCAUUCUGGAUAUACUAAUCUGAAUCCUAGUGCAAGACCAUUCGACCCACAUUCCAUGCGGGAUCCUAGUUAUUCACCGGAGUUUUUCCGUCCCCUACCUCAGCCUAGGUAUCAUAUACAUCGUGAACAGUCACCAGAACACCCAGCACUUGUGAAUUCGAAUUCCUCUCAAAACCAAGUGACCUCGGAUCUCACAAGGUUCCUUCUCAGAAAAGACUUGCUGUUUGCGAGACUUACGGUCUUUUCUGAAGAGCCAGAAGCAUACCUGUCGUGGAAGAGAACUUUCAAGCAAGUGAUGAAAGAACUUGACGUCGGUCCGUCAGAGGAGUUAGAGUUGCUGAUUAAAUGGUUAGGACCAGUGUCCUCCAAAUAUGCAUGUAGCAUAAAGAUAUCUAACGUCAACAGACCCUGUGUUGGGGUAGCUCGUUUAUGGGAAAGAUUAGACCAACGGUACGGCAGUCCAGAGAUGGUGGAGGCAGCUCUUAAAAAGAAGUUAGAGUAUUUCCCAAAACUAACAAACAAAGAACACAAAAAGUUGUUUGAAUUGGCAGACAUUCUUGCAGAAAUUAACAGCGUGAAAGAGAACCCAACGUACAGUACCCUGCUAUCGUACUAUGACACAUCUUCUGGGGUGCUACCCAUCAUACAGAAGCUGCCCUACUCCAUUCAAGAAAAGUGGACAGCAAGAGCUGUAAGGUACAAGAAGAAUCACAGCGCAGUUUUCCCGCCCUUCAGUGAGUUUUUAGACUUUAUUCAGGAGAUAAGCUACAUCAAAAAUGAUCCUGGACUAAACUAUGAUAGCAACAACAACAUGGAAAAACCGUUGAGUAUCUCAAGGAACAGAGUCAACGUGAAGAUAACAGACACCAAUAGUAAUAUAAAGCCAAUAAAAACAGUCUUUCAACAUCCGAAGUGUAUUUUACAUCCGAGUUCGAAGCAUGACUUAAACGAAUGUAAAGCAUUUAGACUGAAACCCAUAGAAGAGAGACGUCGACUUCUGAAAGAUUCCAGAGUCUGCUUCAAAUGUUGCGCGUCAAAGGACCACCGGAAACGUGAUUGCACGACUGCCAUUGUAUGUAAGGAGUGCGGAAGUCACACCCAUUGCACAGCUUUGCACUUCGAUAUGACAAAUGAGCGCCUUAAGAGCAGGAGACAGAAUGGCGGGGAGGAACCCAUUAAACCACUAGACAUUGACAGUACAUGUACCGAAAUUUGUGGAAGAAGUGUCGAUGGAAAAUCUUGUGCAAAGAUUUUACCAGUUUAUGUCACCAAUAAGAACAUUCCACAGAAGCAAAUUAAAGCCUAUGUGAUUCUGGAUGAGCAAAGCAACAAAACAUUAGCAAGAUCUGAGCUAUUCCAUUUUUUUGGAGUGGACAGUACUUCAAUGGAGUACACUCUGAGGAGCUGCUCUGGACAGUCACAGAUGUUUGGGAGGAGAUCUAGUGGAUUCAUUAUACAGUCAGUUGACCUGUCAACCAAGAUCGUUCUGCCAGAAAUUAUUGAGUGCAGAGACAUCCCAAACAACAGAAAUGAGAUCCCUACCCCAGAGGCAGUGAGACACUAUUCUCAUUUAUGUGACAUAGCGAACGAACUGGAACCUAUAGAUGAAAACGCAGAGAUUCUCCUUCUGAUAGGAAGUGAUGCAAUUGAGGCGCAUCAUGUACUGGAACAAGUGGUCGGACCUUCUAAUUCUCCAUUUGCCCAGAGGCUGAAGCUGGGAUGGGUAGUCAUGGGAGAGAUGUGUUUGGGCAGAAACCACAAACCAGAUAGCAUAAGUGUCUGCAAGACUUACCAUACUUCUAAAGGAAGACCGACUGUUCUACCCCCAUGUCCAAACAAGUUUGAUGUGCUUGAACCAACUAACUGUAUUCCAUGCCUAAAGUCUCCCGACAUAAUCAACAUGAAGCUAGCAUCAGAUGUCUUCAUGCAGACUGAUCUAGACGAGACUGUGGGACCCUCAAUUGAGGACAGACAAUUUUUAAGUUUGAUGAAUAAAGAACUUCACAAAGACGAGAAUGGUCACUGGUGUGCACCACUUCCCUUUUGCGUUCCUCGCAAGAAACUACCAAACAACCGCGCAAUGGCCGUUCAACGAUCUAGGUCAUUGGAAAGAAGUCUAAGACAGGAUCCAGUAAAACGAGAGCAUUUCUUUGAAUUUAUGGAUGAACUCCUUGAAAACAAACAUGCCGAAGUUGCACCUACACUACAUUCUGGAGAAGAAUGCUGGUAUCUUCCGGUAUUUGGGAUUUACCAUCCAAAGAAGCCCGGACAGAUAAGAUGUGUCUUUGACUCCUCAGCAACCUUCAAAGGCGUGUCAUUGAACAGCGUGCUGUUAUCAGGCCCAGAUCUCACCAACAGCCUGAUCGGAGUUCUCAUGCGUUUCCGAUCUGAACAGACAGGGAUUAUGGCUGAUAUACAGAAAAUGUUCUACUCGUUUACAGUAAGAGAAAGUCAUCGAAACUUUCUGAGAUUCCUUUGGUACGAAGAUAAUGACUUUGACAAAGACAUUAUAGAAUACAGAAUGCGGGUUCAUGUUUUCGGUAACAAACCAUCACCCGCCAUCGCGAACUAUGCACUUCAGAGGACAGCUGAGAUUGCGUCCGAAACAUAUGGAGAAGACGUAAAGAAGUUUGUACAACGAAACUUUUAUGUUGACGAUGCCCUGACCUCAGUUCCAUCCGCAGAGGAAGCUAUCAACCUUCUCACGAGGACAAAGAAGGCUCUGAUGAAUAUAGGAAAGAUCCGUCUCCACAAGUUUGCAUCCAAUAGUGGAGAAGUAAUGGCUAACUUACCUCUGCAAGACCUCUCAAAGGAGCUCAAGAAUGUAGACCUUGACUCAGAUGACUUGCCAAUUCAACGAAGUCUUGGGCUAAACUGGGAUCUUGAUUCAGACUCAUUUACAUUUCGUGUUUCCCUGAAGGAAACCCCUUUCACGCGACGUGGUGUGCUGUCCACUGUUAGCAGCCUUUUUGAUCCUCUUGGACUCAUAGCCCCUGUAACCAUACAAGGCAAACUUAUUCUUCGUGACCUUGUCUUAGGAACAGUGGACUGGGACGAACCCCUCUCUGAGGAUCAUAGAGCGCAGUGGGAGCAAUGGAGAGAUUCCCUGACAGCAUGUGAGAACAUAUUUAUCCCAAGAGCUUACUCACCUGUCUCCUUACGAAAAGCAGUAAGGGUAGAACUACAUACCUUCUGUGAUGCUUCUGAAAGAGCUAUAGCUGCAGUUUCAUACUUACGAUCAGUUUAUCAAGAUGGAACUUCUCACCUUGGACUAUUGAUGGGAAAAGCCAAAGUUGCAUCAAAGCAUGGAACAACAAUACCAAGACUCGAGCUGUGUUCUGCAGUUUUGGCGGCUGAGGUCUCGAACGUCGUCAGGAGAAACUUGGACAUCAACAUCGAUGAUGUAAAGUUCUACACGGACAGCAGGAUUGUGUUAGGCUACCUACACAAUGAAACCAGACGAUUCUAUGUUUAUGUAGCAAACAGGGUACAACAUAUCAGACAGUCGACAUGUCCUGAGCAAUGGCAGUACGUACCCACACAGAAAAACCCAACAGAUCUGGCAACCAGAUCCGUACCUGCUGACAAAAUGAGUAACAGUAUGUGGCUCAAGGGACCAAGGGAUUUUCUAGAUCGUCAUGGUGAUACAAGUACGCUGGAAGUAUCUAAAGACUCUUAUUCUCUAGUGAACCCUUGUGAGGACAAGGAAGUACGUCCCAUUGAGAAAGUCAGUGUAUGCUUGACCAAAGUCAGAUUGGGUCAUAGCAGUGAACUUGGAUCACAUAGAUUUGAGAGAUUCUCCAGUUGGAGAAGACUUGUUGGAGCCAUUGCCUUCCUUAAACAGUUCAUUAGAAAUAGGAAGAAGCCAGAUGAGUCUCAGAGACAAAGAUCUGUAGAGAUGUAUCAAGAAGCUGAAAGGUUCAUAGUGCACACAGUUCAAAGAGAGACUUAUGCUACAGAAAUUUCUCAAUUGGAGCAAAAUAUAGCUCUCUCCAGGAACAGCCAUAUUCUUCCUUUGGAUCCAUUUCUAGACUCUGAGAAAGCGUUACGAGUUGGUGGAAGAAUUAAACAUGCCAAUAUUCCUGCACAAGAGAAGCACCCUCUGCUCAUUCCUGGAAAGCAUCACAUUGCCAAGCUCCUUAUUGGUCAGGUACAUGAAAACGUACAACAUCAAGGCAGACAUAUUACAGAAGGCGCAUUACGUGCGGCUGGAUUCUGGGUAACCGGGGCUAAGUUGCUUAUCUGUACUCACAUUCAUAACUGUGUUCCAUGUCGUAAACUUAGAGGAUCCUUGGAAUUCCAGAAGAUGUCUGAUCUUCCUCCAGAUAGACUCGAAAACAGUCCCCCAUUCACCAAUGUUGGUGUUGAUGUUUUUGGACCCUGGAAUAUCAUGACCAGACGAACUCGGGGUGGAAGCGCUCAGUCUAAGAGGUGGGCAGUUAUGUUCUCCUGCCUGACGACACGUGCUGUGCACAUAGAAUUGAUUGAGGAUAUGUCUUCAUCUGCACUCAUCAACGCAGUGAGGAGAUUUACAGCCAUCAGAGGUGAGGUCAAGGUCUUCCGUUCAGAUCGGGGAACUAAUUUUGUUGGGGCCACCGACGAUCUAAAGAUUGAUGCAGUAAAUGUGGAGGAUGGAGAACUCAAAGACUAUCUGUACAAGUCAGGGACUAUCUGGAUCUUCAAUGCCCCUUGCUCGUCCCACAUGGGAGGAGCAUGGGAGAGGAUGAUCGGCUCAGCAAGGAGAAUACUGGACGCUAUGCUUUCGAAAGUGGCAGACAAACAUCUCACGCAUGAUGUACUCUUCACAUUUAUGACUGAAGUAGCAGCCAUCCUGAACAACCGACCUCUUGUGCCAGUUUCUACAGAUGCUGAGUCACCGUAUAUACUUACCCCUGCAACAUUGUUGACUCAGAAGACUGCGGAUGCCUUUUCUGCAAGGAAUCUUGGGGAGUUUACAGAAAAGGAUCUUUACCGGGCAGAGUGGAGAAGAGUCCAAAGUUUGUCAGAUCAUUUCUGGAGACGCUGGAGAGACGAGUACCUCACAACCCUACAAAAGCGUCGCAAGUGGACUGAAGUUUGUGCUAACCUUAAAUGUGGAGAUAUUGUGCUUCUGAGAGAUAAAGCAGCAAACAGAAACAACUGGCCAAUGGGUAUUAUUGAGGAAACUUUUCCUUGUGCUGAUAAAGCUGUUCGUAAGGUUCGUGUUCGAGUUGCGGGAAACAGUCUGUAUACUCGCCCCGUCAAUGAACUUGUUUUAUUAGUCUCUACUUAAGAUGUUUACCAAGAUUAGACAUUGAGCAUUUGUAUAGACACUUGUUUAGGGAUCAAGUCAUAUCUUGUUAUCUAGUCAACUAGUUUUAUUGUAAUCAAUCAUUUUCGUAGUGCAUUCUGUUUAUUCUAGUCAUAUUUGUGAUAUCUAGGAGAUAUCAGGCGGGGAGUGUUCUGUCCUUCGUACGAAUUAUUAAAGGUACGAGUUGUUAAUACAAGUUGUUCUAGAAGCCAUGAGGCUGACCCAUUGUUUAGCUGUUGAUUUUUUGGAAGAUUAGGGAAAUCACUGUGUAAGUAAUUGAAUACAUUUGUAAAUUUAUUCUUUUAUGUGUACUUCAUUUGAUGUGUAAUGCAUAGCUGCAGUCGUGAAGUUAAAUGAUAGAAAAUUAUGAUUUUCGGUAACCGCAUGUGCACGAAGUACGGCACGCCAUUGUUGUCAUUACUAUA